AAUGAAACAAAAACAAAAAUAGAACUCGAGUGUUGAAUUGAAGUGAGCUCGAAAAAUAUAGCAGCUGCUGUAACUUACUUCCCUUGCAUGCAAUUCGGGAAGUAAGUAUAAGAACAUCAAGACUAGUAUUCCUCAUUAUUAGACUACAGAUUGUGACAGCCGCAUUGUACAGCUGAAGAUAGAAGGAGGCGGAGGAGGACGUAAUCUCGUAAUGUCUUUCGGGCCGAAAAGCGAAUACAGAGAUGCUCGAUUUAGGGGCAAGCGCGAAGACCUGGAGAAGAAGUUGUCCCAGUCGACCACUCUGUAUGUGGGUAACCUGUCUUUCUACACGAGUGAAGAGCAGAUCUAUGCGCUGUUCAGCAUGGCGGGGAUAGUGAAGCGUAUCAUCUUAGGCCUGGACAAGCUCAAGCGCACGCCGUGUGGCUUUGCCUUUGUCGAGUACUACUGCCGCGGUGAUGCUGAGAACGCCCACCGCUUUGUCAACGCCACAAAGCUGGAUGAUCGCGUAAUCCGUACGGAUUUCGAUGCUGGCUUCGAGGAGGGCAGGCAGUACGGUCGAGGAAAGAGCGGUGGCCAGGUCCGUGACGAGUACAGAAAAGACUAUGAUGAAGGCCGUGGUGGACUAGGUGUUCACUUGAAGCGUUACGUUGGUGAUACUAUGCCUCUGCCUAUACCCCCUCCACCUAUGUGAUGACCUGAGUGCGGAAUGACUUUUAAAUAUGACUUUUCAAGUUCUUAACGCAUCCUCUCUGAGUCUUGCUGAAGAAUGGUUUCGCGAACCCGACUCUUCUGUGAAGACGACACGCACUUUCCAGCUUGAGCUUUUUAUUAGCAAGAGUACAUAAUCCCCAGAGUGUGCAACGCCUGAUCCAGCUCUGCAUAGGGUCUUGGUCGAGCGUAAUCGGAUCUUUGCGUCAUUAUACCGUACACCUCUGAGGAGAACCCGGGGAGUCGCGGGUACUCUCGGAUCGAAAACAACGGUGCCCUGCCUCGAGACCGGCCUUGCGCUGGUGUGGAUUGUACGCAUGACAUCAGAAGAUCCGAUUCCGCUCGACCAAGACCCUAUGCAGAACUGUUUCGGCGUUGCACACUCUGGGGGGUUAUGUACUCUUGUUAUUAGCGGUCAGGUUCAUACGCGUGUUAGCCUUUUGCACAUGUAAUCCGUAAACUGGCAAACGUGAGCUUGGUUGUCCUGCUGCGACGCCAUGCCACAAACUGGGAACAGCUGCUGCUUAGUGAUGUCCAGAAAAGUCGAAUCUAGCACUCCGUGUGCCAUCUGGUGCAGUAACACCAUAACUGUGUUACCACAAGAAACAGCUAGCUGGCGCUGUUUACAAUGCGGAAGGUGGUGUGUUCAGCCCACAGGUUUGGCAUGUGCAGCUAGCUACCUUGCCAGAGUACCGACUCGCUCACACUUUGCCCGCUUCCAUUAUGGCCGCUGUGUUGGUGUCUGCUUGUACCUCGCUUCUUUCUUAUCAUAGCACGGUAGUACGGUGUGCAUGUUGGUACUUAUUUGUGUGAUGAUGUGCUGCACGCACGGUGUACUAACUAGUUAUUGCUGAGUUGCCGCUGGUCUAUUGCCCACGAACAUCUUGUGAGUCUAGUUCUGUGCUGGUGCAUGACUGUGUUACAUACAUGUAUGCGUGCAACGCAUACUUUGUCUUGACUGUGCUACUGUUGCUGUUGCUGCUGCUGUUUUUGUUCCUGUCUUUUUAUGUCAUUGACAUGCCGAGAAAAUGCACUGCCCUUUAAAUGUUCUUACUGUACAUGUAUCUGAUAUGCGGGCCAACAUUACAAUGUCAUGGCAAUAUCUGUGCUGGCAAUUUGGAAGCUGUAUUAUGUCA